AUAACAAUGAUGUGGGUAAUCUUGAUUGCAGCCAGUUUGAGUGUUGUUUCUGGUCAGUCUCUGACCUCCUCUGGUCCAGAAGUGAAGAGACCUGGAGACUCGGUCACUCUGUCCUGCACUGUAUCUGGAUUUUCCAUAAACAGCUACUAUAUGCAUUGGAUCCGUCAGAAACCAGGAAAGGGGCUGGAGUGGAUCGGUCGCAUUAAUACAGGCACUGGCACAACAUUUGCCCAGUCUCUCCAGGGCCAGUUCUCCAUCACCAAAAACUCAGACAAACUGAACCUACAAGUGAACAGCCUGAAAGCUGAGGACACAGCUGUGUAUUACUGUGCUCGAGACGAAGUGGGUUUGGGGACCUACUGGGGGAAAGGAACUCAUGUGACGGUAUCUAACAGUGCUGUAGCUGCACCCACCGUGUUUCCUCUGGCUCAAUGUGAGCCAGGUUCUGAUGGGUCCAUGAUAUAUGCUUGCAUGGCCACUGAUUUUUUCCCGGAGUCUGCAACAUUCCAUUGGACAAAAAAUGGUCAGAAUGUUUUGGAUGCUGUCCAGUAUCCUGCAGUUAAGCAGAAAACUGGAGACAAAUACUCCAAAGUUAGUCAGAUUAACGUCAACAUUACUGGCAUGGACAAGCAAGAGAUCAAAUGUACUGUGGAAACAAUCCGUUCAAACAAUCAAUCAGUUACUUUACCAGUUAAAGCUCCCCCCAGGUCACCAACUGUGAGCUUGCUGCCAGUAUUCACCUUUGAAAGCCAGAAUGUCUUGUGUGUCAUUGAAAACUUUUACCCCAAAUCGCUGACAGUGACAUGGAAAGAGGAUAACGUUAAGAUUGAACGUGAGGUGCCACUGUUUAUUCAGCAAGACUCCAGUGGUUACUAUACAGCACAGAGCUUUCUGAAGCUAAACAAAACUACACAGGGCAACAAUAAAAGGCACACUUGUGAAGUAUCUCAUAUGGGCGACACCUUCACCAAAACAAAAAGAUUGGAAGGCCAGCUCUCAGUGAAGCUAACUCCUCCAUCAUCAAGAGACAUUUUCCUCAAUAAUAAAGUAGAGCUGAAGUGUAUCACCACUGGUACAGACUCAGGAGCUGUAAAUGAUGCUGCAUUCAAAUGGAAGGUGGGAGGAAACGAUCAGAGUAGCAGCGCUACAGUGGAAAAAGACCAACUGGAAAAUGGUCAGUCAAGGCAGAUCAGCAAAUUAAAGGUGGAUGUAAAUGAGUGGUUCUCUGGAAAAGAGAUUGAGUGCCGUGUGUUCGAUAAGGGCGGUGAGGAGGUGGGCAACCCGCUGAAAAGACUAAUCAAAAAAGGUGGAGCAGCUCCUAAAGUGCUUAUCUACACCCUCCCUGAGGCCAGUGACCCAAAUCAUGAUUCUGUGGUGUGUGAGGUCAGGGGCUCUUCUCUAGGAGAUGUGUACAUCAUGUGGAAGGUGGACGGAGGAGACUAUCAGGAGGGAAACACAGGCAUUGUGGAACAACAGGAUGGCAACAUGUCGCAUGUCAGCAUACUGACUGUCAAAAAGGAUUCAGCAACAAGAAAGUUCACCUGCGCUGUCAAGCAUGGUAACAUGGGAAAAAACACUUCUCCGAAAAUUGUGGACUACUCAAAAAGUGAGCCUGGGGUGGUUGAUGAAGAUGUCCUACACUGCACGAAGAGUGAGGAUGAGGAGGAGGACGAGUACAGCAGCAUGUGGUCCACCACCACCUCCUUCAUAUUUCUCUUCCUCUUCUCUCUGGUCUACAGUGCUAUCCUCAGUCUUGUCAAGAUAAAACACUGACAAAAAUGAACAGGAGAGAGGGGAACGGUCAUCAUACUUUUGUGCAGUUUUUAUUUCUAUAUAUUGUUUAAAAAUGUUAUUGUCUAAAUCUCUGUCUAAAUUGUGUGUACUUCUUACAGAAUUACAGAAAUGUUUCCAUUUUUGUUUUUAUCUCAUCACUGUAUAAGCAAAGAAAAAGAUUAAUCACUGAUUAUUUUUGUGCUUGAUUGUUUUAUCAGCAUUUUCAGGUUUAUUGAAAAUACAGGAGUAUUUUACAUAUGUAUAAAUACAGCUUAACUGCAGUAUUUUCCCCAUGUAGCAAAGUACUGUGCUACAUAUGCUAUUAAAAGCUAUUUUAUCAUUGUAAAUGUUACAUGCCAAAUAUAAAUGUUAAACGUAAUUGUAAAACACACAAAGUAUUCGAAAGCAAAUGAUGGCUAUCUAGACCAGUUAAUCCCAGAGGGUUUGUUUAUUCUUUCAGUUGUACAGAAAUAAACACAUGUCAAUUUGCU